AUGUCUGCUCCUGUCAUCACAAAGUUGGAGCUUGUCCUCAAUCAUCUGCAACACACCGGGCAAUCUCCUUGCAAAACCCAUGAAGUUAAUGACGUAUCUCGUGAAAAGAAGAAAUUACCAGGGAAUCUUUCACAAUGGAAACCAUCAUUCCAUGUCACAGCACCAUCAGGAUGGAUGAAUGACCCAUCUGGAUUGGGAUACGAUCCAAAAACAGGGUUGUACCAUUUAUGCUUCCAAUGGAACCCGCACGGGAAUGACUGGGGUAAUAUGUCCUGGGGCCAUGCUACAUCUCCAGACUUGGUAUCAUGGAAGACAUCCACCGAUCCCAUCCUGACGCCCUCUGUUGAAUACGAUCGCCUGGGCGUCUUUACGGGAUGUCUACAAGCAACCGGUGUAUCCGGACAGCCGGGAGCUCUCACAAUCAUAUACACCUCCGUGAGACAUCUCCCAAUCCAUUAUACGCUUCCAUAUACACUUGGAAGUGAGACUCUCAGUUUAGCUGUCUCGCAAGAUGGAGGCGAGACCUGGGCACGCCAGGACUGCAACCCGGUUCUCACUGGCCCACCUUCACAUCUUAACGUGACGGGUUGGAGAGAUCCUUUUAUCACAACUUGGGCCGAGGGGCCUCUUUCUAAACACACACCGUCAACACUAUAUGGCUUUAUAUCAGGAGGAAUUUCCAAGAAAACCCCAACGGUUUUUGUUUACACUGUCCAAGCAACAGACCUCAGCAAGUGGGAUUUCAUUGGCCCAUUGAUGGACGUCGGUCUCAAUCUACGACCAUCUCGCUGGUCUGGCGACUACGGCGUGAACUGGGAAGUCGUCAAUCUGAUGACCCUGACCAAUGACACCGACACGUCUCGGGACUUCAUCGUCAUGGGAGCCGAGGGCUGUGUGCCGUUGGACAGUUCGAACCAAGACGGGGCCCAAGAAGCACGUCGGAGACGAGUAGCCCGAAGCCAGCUCUGGAUGUCUGUCAAAUCCAACAGAGAAAAGAAAUCCACAUCCACAGACAGUGCUCUGGCCUCAUAUGCAUUCUCUGGUAUCUUCGAUCACGGCUGCUAUUAUGCGGCCAACUCGUUUUACGACCCGAAAACCUCGCAACAUAUCGUCUAUGGCUGGAUCACAGAAGAGGACCUGUCCGAUUCUCUGCGUCAUCGCCAAGGAUUCAGCGGCUUGGUUUCACUUCCUCGUGUGGUGGGAUUGAUGGCAUUGAAAAAUGUCAAGAAGGCGCGAAUCUCGGGGUUGAGUUCGAUUACUUCAAUCGACGCAGUCCCCAAUGCACCUGGUACUGGUACCUUCACGAUCCAUACAUUGAAGAUCAGCCCAGAUAGCCGACUUAGGCGGCUGAGACAAAGUGCUUGGGAGAGCCAACUCGCUGGCGUUGCCCUGUCCACAUCACCUUCACAAAGUGCUACGCUGCUCGGGACAUCUAAAUGGGAAAUCGACGCCGAAUUUUCCGUUAGCAAAUCUUGUGCACGUGUGGGAAUCAAGAUUCCACACACUUCUGAUGGUCAAAACUGUACGACCCUUUCCUGGGAUCCACGAAGUGAGACCUUUGAAAUCCAUCGACCACUGAGUGACGACGCCGAAGUAAACCACGGCUAUGAAACUGCCCCACACACGCUAUUCACUUUCUUGAAUGAAUGUGGUGAAGAGGUUGAAGAGACGCUUCGAGUACACGCCUUCUUUGACGCUAGUGUGUUGGAAGUGUUUGUCAAUGACAGAACGGUCAUAUCUACACGAAUAUAUCAUCCAGCAGACCAUUGCCUCGGACCACUGUUCUUCGCAGAGUCUGAUGCUGGGGAUGAUGAGCAGCCAGCGGCGGUUCUCGAGCGAGCUUCUAUCUGGGAUGGUCUUGGUGUUUGA